GUUUUGUCUCUGAACUUGAACUUGAACACCGGAAGCUUAAACCCUUGAACCCUGAUUGUGAAACUUACACGUUGUGGCGGCCAAUACAUGAAGAAAUCAAAGCAAACCCAAAUGAACCCUAAUUGGGUUCAACUCCAACAAAAGCUGAAUCUUAAUGGCCCCAAAGUUUCAAGGAACUUCAAUGAUUCUGAUGAUGACACCCCAAAUUCAAUAUUGGGGAAACGUAAAGAGAGGAUAGAUGAUGAUGAUGACGAUGGUUCUGAUGAUUGUGAGAUUAACCCUCUUGCUCCUGUAAAUGAUGAUGCAAGUUUGACAGAUGUUGUGGCCAUGGAUUGCGAAAUGGUUGGGGUUGGUCAAGGAAACAAAAGUGCUCUUGCAAGAGUAACACUGGUUAACAAGUGGGGUAAUGUUAUUUAUGACGAGUUUGUACGACCAAUGGAGCGGGUUGUUGACUUCCGUACUAAAAUUAGUGGCAUAAGACCUCGAGAUCUGAGAAAAGCAAAGGAUUUUUCUACUGCUCAGAAGAAGGUGGCAGAGUUGAUCCACGGAAGGAUCCUUGUAGGUCAUGCCUUGUCCAAUGAUCUUAAGGUCCAUUUUAGUGGUUAUUCUUUUUCUUUCUUUCUUAGAUUUACAUGUAUAUUCUCUUAUCAGUCUGUAAUCUGUGAACCUGGCACUGUACUUUUACAGGCAUUAUUAUUAAGUCAUCCGAAAAAGGAUAUACGCGAUACCUCCGAGUACCCGCCGUUUCUAAGGUCAAGUGGUAGAGUAGCAUUGCGGCAUCUCGCUUCGGAACAUCUUGGUGCUAAGAUUCAAACAGGAGAGCACUGCCCGAUAGAUGACGCCCGUGCUGCUAUGAUGCUUUACCAGAAAAAUAGAAAAGAAUGGGAGAAGAGCACAAAAGGUAACUUUCGGUCCAAACAGAAGCAAAAGAAACGGAAGAAGAUAAAAGAUGCAGAAUAAUGAAGAUGUUUUGAAUGCCAACCAUGCUGGAAUUGUAUCAUAGCAUUCAUUGGCUACCUUUUAUUCAAAAACAUUAUUGUCAAGGACCCUCAUUCAAUUGUUAUUGUAUUGCUUAAAUUGAAUUAGAACUCAUGUUAGAAAGGGAGACGAUAGUUUUUGAGAAUCACUAUAAGAUCAGUUUUGUAUUUUCAGGAUAUCACUGUUGUUUUGUUUUCUACUUCUCGAGUAUAAUUGGUAGGAAAAACUCCGAAGGUGUGUAACGAUGGAUUCACUUAUAAAUAGAUCAGAGAAUUUUAUGGUCCUAAA